CUUUAAUUGUUGUGUUUGCUUUUGCUCCCUAGCUCGAUCUCAUUCGUUUUGUGAGCUCGAGAGAGUUGUGAUAGAAAUCUAUUUCAUUUCCAUGAGUUCUAAAUUAAGCUUAUAUUAUUUUUAUUCGGUUAGAUCACACCUAUUAUGAAGAAUGGAAUGUACCCAUUUGUUAGAUAACGUCAAGGUGGACAGCGACCUCAUCACAGAAGACACCUCAGUCACAAAGAACUGGGAUUGUUCAGAAUGUGCAGCAAAGGAUCAGAAUUGGUUGUGCCUACAGUGUGGUGUGGUGAACUGUGGCCGGUAUGUGAAUGGGCAUGCAAAGCUACAUGCCGAGACUUCGGGCCACCAGCUGUGCAUGAAUUGUGAUGUGUUCUCGGUUUACUGCUACAAAUGUGAUGACUAUGUAUCAAACGACACAGAUACACAAUCAAUAGACAAAAUAAGGCAAAGUAUUAUGCAAAUAAGGAAUGUGACCGACACAAAUAACCUAGGUAAUGAGGAGAACAGUAAAGAUGGCAGCGAGCCGAACAGCUGUUCAUCCAGCUCCUCUGUGCAGGAGCCUUCUUCUAGCAAGGAAGCAAAGGGUGCGGACACAACAGAAGCACAGGAGAGCUUGGAUACGGACAAACAGACUAAAAAUACUAAGACGCCAGAAGAAACAGUGCGAAGCUUAAGACCGCGGUCCCGUAAAAGAUCUCACUCGGACGACAGCAGCUCGACAGAGAGCGGCGCCAAGAGCAAGGAGAAGAAGGGCUCGCCCUGCAACGGCAAGACUCAGAGGGAGAAGAAAGUCGUAGGAUUAAAAAAUUUAGGCAACACAUGUUUCAUGAACGCGGUGCUCCAGAGCCUGAGCAACAUCCAGGAGUUCAGCUGCUACUUCAGCAGCCUGCCCGUCCUGGAGCCGAAGACCAACGGCCGCAAGGUGUACCACUCCCGCAGCUACACGCGCCAGGAGAUGACGGACGUGGUGAUGGCUGAGGAGUUGAGAAAGGUGCUGAUAAACCUGAACAGCGGGUGCGGCGGCAAAGGAGCCAUAUCACCAGAGUGCCUGUUCCUGGUGAUAUGGAAGGUGGUGCCACGUUUCCGCGGCUACCAGCAGCAGGACGCGCACGAGUUCCUGAGAUACAUGCUCGACAGAUUACACACGGAGCUGCUUCAGCUGCUGCCGCCGGCGCGCGUGGAGGUGGGGCUGCCGGCCGCCUCCAUCGUCACCGCAGUCUUCGGCGGCACCCUGCAAAGCGAGGUGCGGUGUUUGGCGUGCGGUGCGGAGAGCAAGAAGCUGGACCCGUUCCUGGAUCUGUCGCUGGAGCUGCCCGAGGCCGCCGCGGCCGUGCCGCUGCUCGACUGCCUCGCCAGCUUCGUGCAGGUUGAAGAGUUAGCGGACACGGAGCGCUACUUCUGCAGCAGCUGCGGCAGCAAACAGAAGUCCACCAAGCAGUUCCGGGUGCGGCGUCUGCCGCAAGUGCUCUGUCUACACCUCAAGCGGUUUCGCUGGCACAACUACUUUAGGACGAAGGUGGACACGGGCAUCUCGUUCCCGCUGCGCGCGCUGGACAUGUCCCGCUUCGUGCUGGAGCGGCGCCGCGCCAUGCUGUACGACCUCGCCGCCGUCAUCGUGCAUCACGGCUCCGGCGCGGGUUCGGGGCACUACACAGCGUUCGCGCACAACUCCGGACAGUGGUUCCACUUCAACGACCAGACGGUGCGCGCGGCCGACGCGGCCGCCGUGCAGGCAUGCAAGCCCUACAUCCUCUUCUACAUCCGCCAGGACCACGAGCUCUCCUGACUACCCCCCCUCCCCCCACCCGCCACAGACAAGUGCCCGAGGCGCAGGUGCCGUGAGUUGAAAGUUGCAUAGUAAAUAGUUUCAACAAAAACUUCCACAUGAUCCUUAACUCACUAUGUGAGUCACGAGAGACGCCAGAAAUACGUGCCCGAAGCGAAGAUGCCGUGAGUUUGAAAAUUGCAUAAAAGAAUCGGCCCUCUAUGAAGUCCCUUAGCGUUCACAUGGGAGUCUCACGUUGUGCGAGCGGGACAUCGCUGAAUACGUGCAUAUCGCUGUCUGUCUCAAACACCGGAGCGGCUUGCGGAUCCGUAUCAGUGUGAUAAGAUGAUAACCGCUUGUAUUACAACCAAAGAUAAUAAACUAUAGACUCUAUAGAGACGGAUUGUCAAAGUAAAUUAUGUAGCCACUAAAUUUACUGCCAUCUUUCGACAGAACAUAAAACUGUUAGAACGCCAUUUGACUUUGAUCCUUAUUUCACUGAUAUGUGUUAUCUUAUUAAAUAUUAAUAUUAACGCCAUCUACUCGACUAUAGGCCAAAGGUAUAGUGCAAUCUUUUCGAGCGAUGGCGCCAUAACCUUCAGCCUAUGCUCGAGUAGAUGGCGUUAAUAUUAAUAUUUAACAAUUUAACACAUAUCAGAGAAAGAAUAAGGAUCAAAUUCAAAUGGCGUUCAAACAGUGUUAAUCAUCUAUCGAAAGAUGGCAGUAAAUGAACUGUAGCUACAUAAUUUACCAUGACAGUAACUCUUUACUUCAAAUUCUCUUUGGUACAACUAAUAUCAUAUGAACUUCAGCUGAUAUUAGCUCGACUAUAUCUACAUAAUUCCGAGGAUUUCAGUGAUGUGAACUGUAGAAAGUUUCAUAAAAUGUUAUUGGAAAAGUAAAUAUCGUGCCUACAAAAUAGCAUUCACUAGAACAUUCACCGUGCUGUGGUAUCACUUCUAUUUAUCGUAUUAACUUUGAGAAAUAUAAGCGAAUUCUUGAGUAGUAAAAUGUUUUAAUAGGUCUAA